AAAUUUUCUGAAGCAACAAACAAACUUUUUGUAGAAAUUGGCAAUGUAGACUUUUCUGCGGUCGAAGUAAUUAUGGAACAUGCAAUUUCAUGCCGUGAAGUGGCAUAUUCGAUUCAAACAAGCCCAGCUUUUGAAUUUCAUGGUUGUCAGAUAUCAACAAGUUUACAUGAAUUUAGAGACAAAUUGAUAACAGCAGAUUCUUCAUUACGAAAAAUGUAUGACAAAGGUUCGGUGGAUUUCCGACAAUUAGUAGAACAAUCUCAUGGAUUUAUACUUGACGCCGCAGAAAGUAAACAUAGUGUCGAGGGUAAUAUUGAAAAGGGAUUAAGAGGAGCCGAAAAGUUUUGUUACAAUAAUGUACUAUAUUUUGCUGAUAUCGAUAAAGCCAAGAAAAAACUUUUAAUUAUUGAGGAUAGUUUGGAGAAUUUACAUGAUACUUCUCAUAAUUUAUCUAAAUUGAAAGAAAUUUUGGUGGGUUAUGAAGAUUUAUUAGUAGAGAUUAUUGCUCAAUAUGAUGAGAAUACAUUCGAAGUUACUAAUGAUGAUCUCAUUUAUUUAAACCUUGCUAUAAAAGUUUGUCAUAAUAAAUUUAAUCAAGGAUGUGGAGAAGUUUAA